CAUGCGGGGCGCCCCGCCGGGCCGCCGCCGGCCCGCCGCCGCCCGCCGCCCCUGAGAGACCGGCGGGGAGAAAGUUGCGGCGGUCGCCCACAUGCGCGGCCCCGGUCCGCGGCUUGGGGAACGGCGCCGAGCGGAGGUGGGCGAAGAGAGUUUGAAGCGCUCGCCGGCGGGAAGAUGGCGGAGCGGAGCUGAGAGCGGCGCCCGGCGAGCUCGGGCUGCCCCCGCCUUCCUCCGCAGCCCCCCGGACCCCCGCCGGACACAUGCAGGCCAAAAAACGCUACCUGACGCUGCUCUCCCUCGGCGCCUUCCUCACCCUGGUGGUCUACCUGGUAGUCGUGCGGCUGCAGCCGGACCGGCACCCGCCCCACGGUAGCCGGCAUGGCCCGCCGCCGCGCCCCGGCGCCGAGCGGCCCUGGCCCCGCUUCCCCGACGCGCUGCGGCCCUUCGCGCCCGCCGAGCGGCCGGGACCCGAGGGCGGCGGCGGGCGCGUCUCCCCCCGGCAGCGGCGGGACGCCAGCGCCGGCCUCUACCGCGGGCGCCGCUGCCGCAUGGAGUCUUGCUUCGACUUCGCCCAGUGCCGGAGGAACGGCUUCAAGGUCUACGUCUACCCGCAGCAGAAGGGGGAGAAGAUCGCCGAGAGCUACCAGAACGUCCUGGCUGCCAUCGAGGGCUCCCGCUUCUACACCUCCGACCCCGGGCAGGCCUGCCUCUUCGUCCUCAGCUUGGACACGCUGGACCGGGACCAGCUCUCCCCCCAGUACGUGCACAACCUCCGCUCCAAGGUGCAGAGCCUCCACCUGUGGAACAACGGCAGAAACCACCUGAUUUUUAAUUUAUACUCUGGCACCUGGCCCGACUACACUGAGGAUGUGGGGUUCGACAUCGGCCAGGCCAUGCUGGCCAAAGCCAGCAUCAGUACUGAAAACUUUAGACCCAACUUUGACGUUUCUAUCCCACUCUUUUCUAAGGAUCAUCCUAGGACAGGAGGGGAGAAGGGAUUUUUGAGGUUUAACACCAUCCCUCCUCUCAGGAAGUACAUGUUGGUAUUCAAGGGGAAAAGGUACCUGACGGGGAUAGGGUCAGACACCAGGAAUGCCUUAUAUCACGUCCAUAACGGAGAGGAUGUUGUCCUCUUGACCACCUGCAAGCAUGGCAAAGACUGGCAAAAGCACAAGGAUUCGCGCUGCGACCGAGACAACGCCGAAUACGAGAAGUAUGAUUACCGUGAAAUGCUGCACAAUGCCACUUUCUGUCUGGUUCCCCGUGGCCGCAGGCUUGGCUCUUUCAGGUUUCUGGAAGCCUUGCAGGCUGCCUGUGUCCCGGUCAUGCUCAGCAACGGGUGGGAGCUGCCGUUCUCAGAAGUGAUCGAUUGGAACCAAGCUGCAGUCAUAGGCGAUGAGAGAUUGUUAUUACAGAUUCCUUCUACAAUCAGGUCUAUCCAUCAGGAUAAAAUCCUAGCACUUAGACAGCAGACACAGUUCUUGUGGGAGGCUUAUUUUUCUUCAGUUGAGAAGAUUGUAUUGACUACACUAGAGAUUAUUCAGGACAGAAUAUUUAAGCACAUAUCACGUAACAGCUUAAUAUGGAACAAACAUCCUGGAGGGUUAUUUGUACUGCCACAGUAUUCCUCAUAUCUGGGAGAUUUUCCUUACUACUAUGCUAAUCUCGGUCUGAAGCCUCUUUCCACAUUCACUGCCGUUAUCCAUGCAGUAACUCCUCUGGUUUCCCAAUCUCAGCCUGUGCUGAAACUUCUGGUUGCUGUAGCCAAGUCCCAGUACUGUGCACAGAUUAUUGUUUUAUGGAAUUGUGAUAAGCCCCUCCCAGCCAAACACCGCUGGCCUGCCACUUCUGUGCCUGUCAUAGUCAUUGAAGGAGAGAGCAAGGUUAUGAGCAGUCGCUUCCUACCUUAUGACAACAUAGUGACAGAUGCCGUGCUAAGUCUGGAUGAGGACACGGUGCUUUCAACCACUGAGGUGGAUUUUGCCUUCACAGUUUGGCAGAGUUUUCCAGAGAGGAUCGUAGGGUACCCUGCUCGCAGUCACUUCUGGGACAACACUAAAGAGAGGUGGGGGUAUACCUCCAAAUGGACUAAUGACUAUUCCAUGGUAUUGACAGGAGCUGCUAUUUACCACAAAUAUUAUCACUACCUGUACACUCAUUACCUGCCUGCCAGCUUAAAGAAUAUGGUGGACCAACUGGCCAAUUGUGAGGACAUUCUAAUGAAUUUUUUGGUGUCAGCUGUGACAAAAUUGCCUCCAAUCAAAGUAACACAGAAAAAACAAUAUAAGGAGACCAUGAUGGGACAGACGUCCCGGGCCUCGCGCUGGGCCGACCCCGACCACUUUGCCCAGCGGCAGAGCUGCAUGAACACUUUUGCCAGCUGGUUUGGCUAUAUGCCGCUGAUCCACUCGCAGAUGAGGCUCGACCCUGUCCUCUUUAAAGACCAGGUCUCCAUCCUGAGGAAGAAGUACCGAGACAUCGAACGGCUCUGAGGAGCGCUGCGAGGGGCCGAGCCUCCCUCGCCCCUGCCCCGCGCGACCGCCGGCGCUGGACUCGGGCUGUAUGGCCCUGGCGAUGCCGAGCCUGGCGAUGCCAAGCCUGGCGAUGCCGAGCCCGGUGGGCUGCCGGCCUGCGCUGCCCGGACUGCGCCCACCUGCCCGGCACGCUGCUGUCGCUCGAGAAUAGGUCGUGUACAGUUUCAUUAUGGAACAUUAAAUAAUUAUUUUUGAAAUGAUUGCUAUGCAGGUUUAAACUUUUUU